CCAAAACCUGUUUGUUCUGCUGGUUUUCUGCUGAAUCCAUGAAAAAAGCUGCUCAGUUUCGGAUCUGCUUCACUAAAAGCAAAAUCUAAAUACUGGAUGUUUUCAAUCUUUAUCCUUGUUGUUUCGCUCUGUGAGUCACGUGACGUCACGUGGAAAAGAAACUGAAAACAACUUUGGUUUCCUUCAGAACAGCGUCCAUUUUGAGUCGCAGGAUGGAAACAACUUGUAAAUAACAGUCCAGAAGAUGGAAAAUCUGGAUCUAAAAGAACCUCCAGGAUCCAUCAGUCCAUCUAUGAGGAGUGACUGGUCCAAACAUGAACCUCCACUCUUCAGUAAUGAACCUGGACCCUCAGACAGAAAGAGCAGCUUUAGUGAGGAGGAGCUUCCAUCCUGCUGUGGUUUGGGUCACAAUGUUCUGAUGGAUCCGGGCUGGACCAGCUUCUCCCAGUAUGGGAAACGACCCAAAACAGGAUCUGGACCGACAGCCAAUCAGAGCAGCUGUGCUCCAGCAGAUGUUGGUCUGCAGGAGGUUCUAGAGGAACAUAAGAUCAGUCUGAGGAGAAGAUGUGAACGUGUGACUGAAGGAAGUGAUGAAACAGGAAGUAGAACCCUCCUCAAUAGGAUCUACACUGAUCUCUUCAUCACAGAGGGACAGAGUGACGAGGUUAACACCCAGCAUGAGGUGAAGCAGCUGGAGAGAGCUUCCAAGUUCCAGAACCUCCAUGUUUCUGCAAUCAGGGUCCACGACCUUUUUAAAGCCUUCCCUGACCAACAUGGACCCAUCAGAGUGGUUCUGACCAACGGCGUUGCUGGUGUUGGAAAAACCUUCUCAGUGCAGAAGUUCACUCUGGACUGGGCUGAGGGCUUGGAGAACCAAGAUGUCAGUGUGGUGGUUCUGCUUUCGUUCAGGGAGCUGAACUUGAUCAGAGAUCAGCAGCACAGUCUUCUCUCUCUGCUCCAUGUUUUCCAUCCAACACUCCAGAAGCUCCCAGCAGAGCAACUGGCUAAAUGCAAACUCCUCUUCAUCCUUGAUGGUCUGGAUGAAAACAGACUUUCACUGGACUUCAACAACAGUCAUCUGGUUUCUGACGUCACACAGAAAUCAUCGGUUAAUGUUCUGCUGACAAACCUCAUCAAGGGGAACCUGCUUCCCUCGGCUCUCAUCUGGAUAACUUCCAGACCUGCAGCGGCCAAUCAGAUCCCUCCUUCAUGUGUUACCAGGGCAACAGAAGUACGAGGCUUCACCGAUGCCCAGAAGGAGGAGUACUUCAGGAGGAGGUUCAGUGAUGAAGAGCUGUCCAGCAGAAUCAUCUCCCACAUCAAGACCUGCAGGAGCCUCCACAUCAUGUGUGGAAUCCCAGUCUUCUGCUGGAUCACUGCUACAGUUCUGGAGAACAUGGUGACCUCAGAGCAGAGAGGAGAGCUGCCCAAGACCAUGACUGACAUGUACUCUCACUUCCUGCUGGUCCAGACAAAGAGGAAGAAGAACAAGUACCAUGGAGGACAUGAGACAAGUCCACAGGAGCUGAUGGAGGCUGACAGGGAAGUUCUUCUGAAUCUGGGGAGGCUGGCGUUUGAACAUCUGGAGAAAGGAAACAUCAUGUUCUACCAAGAAGACCUGGAGCAGUGUGGUCUGGAUGUCACAGAGGCCUCAGUGUACUCAGGAGUUUGUACAGAGAUCUUCAAAAGAGAGAGUGUGAUCUUCCAGAAAUCAGUCUACUGCUUUGUUCAUCUGAGCAUCCAGGAGUUUCUGGCUGCAGUCUACAUGCUCCACUGCUUCACCAGCAGGAAGUCAGAGGAGAUCAAGACGUUCCUGGGAGAAAAAUACAGAGAAACAUCUCUAGAUGAGUUCAUGAAGAAAGUCAUGGAGAAAUCCCUCUGCAGUCAAAAUGGCCACCUGGACCUGUUUGUCCGCUUCCUUCAUGGUCUCACUGUGGAGUCCAACCAGAGAGACUUAGAAGAUCUGCUGGGUCAGACAGAGACCAGUCCAGAAACCAUCCAGAGAAUCAUCACCAACCUGAAAGAGAUGAACACUGAUGAUAUCUCUCCUGCCAGAAGCAUCAACAUCUUCUACUGUCUGCUGGAGAUGAACGACGUCUCAUUUUAUCAGGAGAUCCAACGGUUGCUGGAUUCAGGGAAGGAGCUCUCAGUGACUAACUGUUCAGCUCUGGCCUUCAUGCUGCAGAUGUCAAAGGUUCUGGAUGAGUUGGACCUGGAGAAGUACAACACAUCAGAAUCAGGACGACUGAGACUGGUUCCAGCUGUGAGGAACUGCAGAAAGGCUCGACUUGGUGGCUGUUCGCUGGAAAAGGAUGAAUGUGAAGUUUUGGCCUCGGCUCUGAAGUCCAACCCAGAUCUGACUGAACUGGAAAUAAAUCAGGUCAUACUGGAAGGUGGAAUCUUUGGAGACUCUGAUACGAAGCAUCUGAUUGAGAUCCUGGAGAAUUCAGUCAGUAAAGUGAAGAAUCUGAGAUUGUGGAGCUGCAGUUUAUCAGAGACCAGCUGGACGUCUCUGUUCUCAGCUCUGAAGUCCAACCCGACCCAUCUGACAGAACUGGACCUGAUCAGAACCAACCUGGAAGGUUCUGGACUGAAGGAGCUCUGUGGUUUUCUAGAGACUGAAGACUGCAGACUGGAGAUAAUGAUAUUGAUGAACUGCAGUUUCUCAGAGACCAGCUGGACGUCUCUGUUCUCAGCUCUGAAGUCCAACCCGACCCAUCUGACAAAACUGAACCUGAUCAACACCAACCUGGAAGGUUCUGGACUGAAGGAUCUCUGUGGUUUUCUACAGACUGAAGGCUGCAGACUGAAGACAUUGAGGUUGAAUGGCUGCCGGUUGUCAAAGAUCAGCUGUGAUUUUUUGGCCUCAACUUUGAAGUCCAACCCGACCCGUCUGACAGAACUGGACCUGAGAAUAAACAACCUGGAGGAAUCAGAUGUUCAGCAUCUGAAGGAUUUUGUAAAGACUGUAAAGUUGAAGCUGCAGCAGUUUGAGUCUAAAGAGACUCUGGAAGAUGAUGAUCCUCUGACCUCAAAGAUUUUCCUCCUGUUUAUUUUCUCAUGUCUGUCAUUUAGUCUCUGAUAUUGUUUGUCUCUUUGGAUCAAUAAAGAUCCAAUUCAAACUGGGCUCCAUUUAGAGGCUUCAUGGAGUUUUGAUCUGAACUGGAUUCAACUGGAAAGUUGAUCUUUUUUCUCUCUGGUUCAUUUUCAUCCUGGAACCAGAAAUGGUCUGAGAAUGGAAACAUGGGAAUCAUUUCCAGUUCAGCUUUAAAGUCAUGAAAGACACUUCAAACCUCUUUUCUCUGCUGCUUCUUCCUUCUGUUGACAUGAAAAUGUUCCUCAAAGCUCCACAGAUAAAAAAAUGUUUUACUGGAAACGUCAGAGAAACUUCAGCUUCCACCACAGAAACCAGUUUAACCAGUUUAGAACUGGAUGUCCCACAGAAACUCUGAUCUUGGAGCAGUUUUCAGGAACAUCCAUCUUUUAAUCUGAAUAAAUAUACAUAUAUAUAUUUUAUAGUCAUUCUAAAAAUAUUUAAAUAAUUAAGUUUUUUAUCAUAGUCAUUGGUUCUCAGUGCUUUAAUAUUUCUCGUUUUGUUUUUGGUGGUGAACUUUUUCAGUUUUCCAGUUAAUCUAGAGAACAUUAUUGGGAAUGGAGACUCAAUAUGUCACAUCAGGCUCUUUACUGUGAUUGUGCUGAUUUAUUCUGAAUUCAUGGGAUAACGUGGUGACUGGUUCAUAUUAUUUUGUUCAUAUUUAGUUUAAUGUAACGUGGGUUUCUCUGUGUUUAAUGAUGAGCUAAGAAAGUUUUUCAUAAUAUUUUUGGUGGGGGUUUUAUGCAUUUUAUUUUGUACAAAUAUAGUAACUACAUCUUUAUUUUAAUCCUCUGUGCUGUUUAGCUUAUUGUAUUCAGAUUAACAAUUAAUCCAAAUAUAUUUUAAGUUUG